AUGGUAGCUAGUGAACUAGCAUUAAUAUCAGACCAAAUGGGGAGAAUCAAGAUUCUUGUAUUAACAUUUUUGACAGGUUUUUUAUUGCUAAUGCAGGCUGAAGUUAAUGGCAUCCCACAUCCAGCACGCACUAUGUGCGUCUCCCAAAUUGCACUAGCCAACCAUGCCUGUGGAAGUUUGGCUCCGUCGGCGGCAUCCCAAUUUCUCAACCAUCAUGAACGCAGGCACCGGCAUGGGCACCGACACAGACUCAGGCAUAAUCGACAUGGGAACUUUGCCCAUGAAACACCUACAGAGAGCUGCUGCCGGUGGCUGAACAAUGUGGACAACGAAUGCGUCUGUGAUUUGCUGAUUCAAUUGCCAGCAUUUCUUUCAAAGCCUGCGCAUCGGUUCACUGUCGUUAUUGGUGACUCUUGCAGUUUUACAUUUUCAUGUAGUGGUCGAGUGAGACCCUGA